AUGAACAGCGAUCAGUGUGACGUGCGGAAAACUAUUGAUCCAAAUAAUCAAACUCAGAAGACAAUGGCUGAAGAAGAUUCGGAGCCAAGGAUAGCACGGAUUCGCGAAAAUCUUGUUGAUGGUCUUGGUCCAUUUGAUGUGAUGGCUGAUAUUAUUGUCGGCUCGCAACAUGGUCCGAAUAAUUCUGGUCUAUUUGGCGUUGUUCAGUCACCAAUUAGGCCAAUACGUCCAUCUUUUGUGCCAUCAUCAUCAGCGUCAGAGUCACAUUUGACUGCUACUCAAAUGGCACAGAAGAUGCAGUGUAUUAUUGAUGCACCAUUAUCAACGAUUCAUACUAAUCUUCCGUUUAAAAAGAAUCAAGAACGGAAAAGUAAUUCAGUUAGAGGUUCAAAAGCAGUUGUAUCGUCUGCUAACUUCAUGAAUACUCACAUUGAUAGCAGCAGAUCCUCGAUAACCUCAAGUCAUGACGAUGAUAGUUCAUGUAGGAAAAGGAAAAAGAGAAGAAGUGUUUGCAACAAUACAGACACUGAAAAUUGGCAGAAACCAUGCACAAGCAAUGCAGCAAAAAUAGAAUGUAAUGACAGUGGAAUAACGAUCAGUGAAUUAUUUGGUGAAGAAAAAGUGAAAAAUGGAAAUGCAAAAAAGCGACAUAUCGAUAUGUUGAAAAAUAUGGAGAAAAAAAUGGUUAAAUGGGAAAAGGAAGAGCAAGAAAGCCCAGAUUCUGGAUAUGCUGAUGAAAUAAAUGAUCAAAAUCGGGAACAGUUUCAUCGACCGUGUUUGCAAACUAUUAUUGGUGAACUGGGUCAUAUUUCACCACUUUUAACUCCACCACGACAGCCGCAAAAAAGUGACAGUCUAACACUUCCAGUAAUCAUAAAUCUUGACCGUUUGGAUUCAGCGCAGCUCUUACAAAUCAAGAAUGUGUUAAUCAAGAAUGCUCCUGCUUUUUUGUCAACAGUUGCUCUACCGAGCUGUGUUCUAUCGCCUCCAAUGCGACCAACAUCAAGAAACGAAGGAGAUAGAACGCCGCGACUUUGCGAUUCGGAUUUUAAAUCUAUUUCAAAAAUGGACAACAUUAAUAGCAGAUAUAAAAAACAAAUCGUUCAUAGUGCAGGUGCAACGCCGUCGUCAUCAUCUACGAAAGAUUUCAGAAAGGAAAAUAUUCCAUAUUGUGGUUCAGCAUCUAGUAUUGAUCGGAAACACGAAUUGGGUGCAUUAAAAAAUGAUGACCUCAAAAUUACGCUUGUUAAGAAAUUUAUCAAACAAUGCGACAAAACACACGUUACCGUAUCUGUCACCACCAAAAUCAAGGAAAGCGAAAAAAGGAAUAAAAAAACCAACUCAGCCCCUCCAAGCAACGGUGAACAAUUGCCAAACACUUCUAAGCUGGGAAAAAAAUUCUCUCAGCUGAAAUCUGUUUUACACGUAUCAACUGGUAAGCCGGAUGAUGAUGUGAAAGAGAAAGACAAGAUAGGAUGCUUGGAUAAUGAGCACUCCAGAGAGAAAGAGAAAUCUGUUGCAUCUCGCGCGAAAAACUAUAACGGACUAAAUGAUCAGUUUGGUGGUGGUACCGUGAUAACACAGCAACUGCGCGAAUCAAAGAAAAAACAAAUGGAUGAUGCUGCCAUAAUUAUUACUACUAAUAAUAAUAUGCAAGUCGAUAACGUACGAAUUAAAGUUGCAAAAAAUUCGAAAUGCAAAGACGGUGAGGUGCCACCAACAAAGAAGUGUAAAAAGGACAUAAAUGUGGGCAGUAAAUCUGGAAUACAGGAAGUUGGCGAUGAUUUUGUUUGCUACAGAAAUCGUGUAGCACCAACAAAAAAGACAGUACUGGAAAAGAAUGAUAAUGGUUCAUAUAAAUGCGCAAAUUACUAUCUGGAUGAAGUUGCCCGUCCCUUAAAACACAGAGCUGACAAAGAGAGUGGUGACUACGUACGAAAAACUCUUGCUUAUAUGGAUGCCGCUGUGUAUUUCAUACUUUCAUCAGCUACUGAACGAGAAAACAGACAACGGCAGUAUACCAUAGCACGCGAUAGUGCUGAAUUGAUGAAAACGAUUAUCAAGUGGUCAGGUGCAUCAGCAGCUAGUCUCUCAUCACUGGAACGGCAUUUCAUUAGUCGAUUCAGAAUAUUAUCUUUUCGGGUUCAAGCUGUGCUAAAUUACUAUCUCUAUUCACUUAAGAUAGGAAGUUGUAUGUCCAAUUUUGGUGCAUUGACGAAAUGGGAACCACAGCUAAUUGAAUUGGACGCUGCAGCAAUGCGCAAUGAUGGUGCUGCAUCAGUCAGUUCGCAGGGUGGUUCAUCUGCCAAUACAGAAACUCCUUCACCGGCUUCAUCAACUAACAGUGGUCAUGGCGAACGUCAGAGGGAAAUCAAUGUUCCAAUUUCUAUUUAUCAAGUGCAACGUUCGCAGCUUAGCAUACUUCAUCAUUUGAUGUGGUCUGAUCGGUUGUGGAAACAGACAUCAACCAAAAUGAACAGCUACGAACAAGAGAUGGUAAAACAUUUGGACCAAAUAUGUGGACCGCUUACUGUUGACUUAAGCUUACAUUCAUUAUCAGAAUAUCUGGCUACAGCAGUAGCAUGGCUUCGUGCGGAAUAUCGAGCAGAAAAGGAACGAUUAUCACCGUCGUCAUAG